AUGACGAAUAGAAAUAGAAAGGCAGUCGUGAAUCAAAAGGAUAAAAGUAAUCAUGCUUUGAGGUACAGAGGGAGCAGCACAACACCACAAGAUGAUGAAGAUGAUUCGGAUGGAGAGAAAAGAAUAUGGGGCCUAAGCGUGCGUUUGAUCAUUCUAUCAGCUUGCUUCGUUAGUGGUUUUGGUUUUAUUAUGCUCUACUUUAAUGCUGCUAGUGAAAUGAAAAAUGUAACCGAAACCAAUUACGCAGAACUUGUUAAUAGCGAAUUCAAUCUACAAAAUUAUUCCUUUGCAACUGAUCGAGUAAACAUUAGGGAUAAUGCAAGCUUGCAGGAAUUUACCAAGUACUUCGAUUGUCAAUUACCAGUAUUAAUACGUGGUGUAGUUAAUGAGUGGCCAUCCAUGAAAUGGAAUCGCGACUUUUUUAAAAGCCAUUAUGGCAAUCAAAAAGUACCAGUUGUCAGUGUGGAGGGUGCUAUGAUUAAUGCUGAGGUCAAAACUAUGACAAUAGAAGAGUUUAGUCAGGUUGUACCAGAUGGAAAGCCAUCGAGAUGGCAUUAUGUACAAGAUGAAUUAUUUAUCAACCGUCAUGACAAGCUAAAAGCUGAUAUUGGAGAAGCUAUUUAUUUCAAGGAAAAUUUUUUUAAAUUAUUCCCAGAAGAGAUACGUCCUUGGGAUGCUAUGCUGUUAUGGGGUAGCGCACAUUCUAGAUCGCACUUGCAUAUUGAUCCAUAUAAUUGGACUGGUACAAAUGCUGUAUUACACGGUCGAAAACGUUGGAAGCUUUUUCCCCCUGGACAAGACAACAAAUUUUAUAUUACUCCCAAUCAAAUGUGUGGUUUUCCUUUGAAUUGUUAUAAAUAUAACAGUCCAAUUGAUAGCUUCAAUAUUGAUGAUGAAAAAUAUCCUCUAUUUCGCAAUGUUAAUUACAUUGAAAUCGAGCAAAAUGCAGGAGAAUUACUGAUUAUACCACCUGGAUGGUUCCAUCAGGUUUAUAAUCCAGUUGAAACUAUUGCAAUCAGUAGUCAGAUAAUGAACAGCAAAAACUAUAACAUUAUCUUGAAGGAAAUUAUUGCUGCUAAUAAACUCAUUUCCGAUGCUUUCCCUGAUGAUAUCGAAUCAUACUCUCCUAAAGAGAAGGUGCUCUUUAUACUGGCCUUGCUACCAGACGAAGUCAUUCAACGUGGUCGUAUGAUUACUGACCAAAUUAUUCAACAGUUUUACGGCAAUCAGUGA